ACUGAGAGAGGGCCGAACUGGUAGGUGUGUCUCCCCCAAGAGGGGUUUCAAAAAAAAGGCAAAAAACAGACAGUCAAUUCAUUCAAGCAUUUUAUUUGGACAGAAUGGAAGGCAGAAAAGCAAAGCGAAAAACCAGACAUGUCACUUCAUUAGGGGACUACGACUGCACAUCCUCCUCAUCCUCCUCCUCCUCAGCCUCCUCAUCCUCCUCGUCAUCCUCCUCCUCCUCCAGCUCCUCUCCUCGACAGCUUCAGGCAGCAGAGCCAGUGGCGGGGACCAGCAAGCCCACCCGUUGCACUGUCUACAGGCGCAAAAUUAAAGCGGCAAAGGACAAAAAAGUCCUCCAAAGUAGCAGGGGAAAGCCACAGCACCAGCCUGGGGACCCCUGCUACAUCUGUGACCAAGCACGCACGGUGGAUGGUGGCCACGCGUACUUCAAGGGCCAAUACUUUUGUGCUGUGAAAGAGGGCCCUGGAGGACGCACAGUGCAAGAGUGGACCAGGGAACAGCUUGGCCCUGGUGAGCUGCAGAAGCUCCCCAGAACAACAGCCUGGAACCUCAAAUGAAGGUAUGAGAAACCAGAGAAACCGGGGGGAAAGUGAGGAAGCCCCACAAACUGAGGAUCUGCCAGCUCUGUGGCCAGCCACAGCAGAAAGACUUUGGCCACAGCCAAUAUGGGGGAGAGCACUUCUGUGCUCUUUAUGAAGGGAAGACUGUGGAGCUGUGGCUGGCUGAGAAGAGGUCAAAAAAACAUUAAAAUUAUCCAACUGUACUGUAUCAUCCAAGCACCUUAUAUGUUUCAUCUGUUCAUUGCACCUUAUAUUUUUUAUUUUUACUUUGGACUGCAUUAUACUGGUUAUUUAUACAUUUUUUAUAUUGCAUUCUAUAUUGCUUUUUUUGAUUGUGUGUGUGUGUGUGUGUGUGUGUGUGUGUGUGUGUGUGUGUUUGUUGUUACUGUGUGUAAUGCUGCUUCUACACUGCAA